AUGGUUGGUUCCGGACAUCGUGUGGACCCCAGCGAAGCCUUUAAGGAACUGGGAAACAACUGGGAAGAAUUCAAAGCAAGUAAAAGAGUCAUCAUUCAUCUGGCCUCGGUUUCUUUAACACAGCAACAACGGUCUAUUCUUCAGAAGGCAGGUGAACUAAACACACUUGAAAGUCAUCAUUUUGGACGUCUUUGCGACAUUCGAGACGCGAACGUCGACGUCAUCUUGAUAACUCGCAGUCCAGUCGGAAAAAACCUCCUAGAAUACUAUGAUCGUCUGCUCAGACUUCUGCCGGCUAUACGUUCAGGAAAGGCCGGCGCAAAAAGCUCGCAGCGGUCGCGUUACCUGAUUGUUGUUCCCGAGGCGGUCAACAGCUUUGAUAAACCCGGAUGUCCACCGUUCUGUCUAUCAAGUCUGCUCAAAUACAGCCCACGCGCGCUCCAGUCAAUGAAAGCCUUCAUUAAGGGCCGGCCAGCUCUUGUUGUUCCUGGUGCUGCCAGUCACAUUGACGACUACUACGUGGCAGAUUACUUUGCAGCCGCCCUCCUGGCCCCAUCAUUACAGACGGCAAAGCUGUUUAAUGCGAAGACUACAAUUCGAAGAGUGGUCAGUAUGUUGAGCGAAAAGCAACUGACUGAAAAUCGAACUGGGAACGAGGAAAUGGAUCUUGAUCCAAGAGCGCGCCUUCUCCAGGCUCCUGGCGAUUAUGACGUUUAUGAGGAGGAGCAGUUUUACGAAACCCUUGCUCAACUCAUCACUGCCAACCUGCCCUCGCGUGUAUACGCCUUCAAAAUAGACUUCAGCUACAACAGCUCUCUUGGCGACCUCGGGGCAGGAGGCGUUCCCUGCUGGUCACGUGACAUCCGGCUGACUGUUUUCUCUCCUCCGCGAACGCGACACCUGUCGGUUCCGCGUGAAUUUGCUCGCAUGCCAGCGCGGUCCUGUCCGAACCGACUCCUGCCAAGGGCCCAGAACCGGGUAGGUGGUGGUGUCAUUGAAGCCAUGCCUCCGGCCCAGGACUGGACAAACCUCUCGAUUGAAGUGGUGAUUUACCCCGACAAGUCCACGAAGGUACUUUGCAGCGGUGACCAGCUGCACGCAGGACGGAAGCUCUCCUGCUGGGGUUGGAUAGUGCCAAUGACCUCAGUUGAUCCCGCGUGGGUCAACAAAGUUUCCAGGGCUCUCAUAGAUGACUGCGCCUCCAGGGGCCUGAAAGGCUACUUCACAAUUGACCUGGUGACCUUCUUUCACGAGGAGUCUGCUGAGCAACUGCUCUGGAUAACAGGUAUACGGCCUGGCUACUCUGCAAACCUGGCUAUGUUCCAGUUGGUCGGCAUGCUUGCGGAUGCUGACUUCGUGAUCGAUGCCCAGACCGGGACCCAUCAACUGCUUGCUACUCCGACCCAGGAUGUUGGCAAAGUGAAUCCACCUCAGGAGAAGAACGGCUCUGCGUUCACUCUCUUCAGUGAACUGAAGCAGGAAAAUUUGGGGAUAAUAUCUGUUGGCAACAGCCUGCCAAAUGCACUGAGACUCUUCAUCAACCACUUGAAACUCCUUCACACUGAGAUAAAUUGUCCAAAGAUGCAAGGACAAGGAUGCAUCAGUGAUUGCAUCAGGGAAAGCACGAGCAUCCUGGAGCUCAGUCAAGAGAACGUCAAGAAUGCAGCACGGAGAAAGCAAUCUUCUACCACCAGCACUGACGCUGUCAUCAAUGAUCAGGAGUAA